AUGAUUCAUUCAGGAGUAGCUGGAUAUGUUAUUGAAGAAAAUAUAAGCCCAGAUGGUCUUCCGGUUGAUGGUCAAAGAAGGCUUUUAUGCAAAAGAAAGGCUCCUAAAUUGGGUUCAAGCUCCGCAGGUAAAGCUCAGAGUUCUCAGCAGCCAAGGACUAUUGCCCAAAACAAUGUCAGCCUCUUAAAUGCAGCAGCUAAUUCCUUCAAUGAUCAUUCAAGACUUGGGGCUGCUUUGCCAACAUCCUCUAACUUGUAUCAAAUUCCAAGUGAGGCUAGGCAAGUUGAUAACUUUCAAAGGAACUUGUGGACAUGGAACUCGAACAAUUCUAAUGCACAACCAACUGGCCAACACCCCUUUACCCUUACAAGCUCAGUACCAGCGCCAGUGCUAGUAAAUUCACCCGUGCAGCCAACUGUGCAAGUCUCUAAAUCGUCGCAAGAUCUGCAACAUUAUUGGAACGGGACAAGCCUGUCAUGGGUUGGUCCUUCUUCCGUCUCUCUUGAUCAAACUGUAAAGAGUAAGAGAAACUUUGCAACAGGAAGAGAACCUAGGAAACAACAGAAGAAUAAUAUGAUGAUUUCUUUGGCAAACGUGAACUUGGUCAAUGAGAAUGCAAACGCCUCCUCUUCGAGAAUCCUAGCUGGUUCAAGCAAGCAUCUACCGAAUUCAUCCAUAGGCUCCCCUAGUCCAAAUAUGGUUGCAACAUGGACAAAGAGGGCCUGCAGAGUUCAUCCGAGUUUUAGCCGGAGGACUGAGAUACAAGCUCAUAGGAGAAGACUGGUAUCUGAGGAGGUCUACGGUGCCUUUGGACUUGUACGUAUGCCUGGUGGCGUACGACUGGAGGAGGAUCCUGAUAUUCUCGAGGAUAUGCGCCUAGAUAACAUGUCUUAUGAGGAACUGCUGGAGCUGAAGGAGCAAAUUGGGGAUGUUUGCACUGGACUAAGUGAGGAAACUAUUAUCGCCAAUAUGAGAAGACGAAAACAUCAGUCCAUAACAACUGAACCUCCAAUAGAAACUGAACCUUGUUGUAUCUGUCAGGAGGAUUAUGCUGACGGCGAAGAGCUCGGUAAGCUGGGUUGUGGUCAUGAGUUUCACUUCAAUUGCAUUAAGGAAUGGCUUGUUCGGAAGAAUUCAUGCCCCAUCUGCAAAAAUCCAGCUUUGGCUGUUUGA